AUGGCCAACACUGUUAUUCAACUGCAAAAAAUUUUCCAGGCAUCUUCUAAGCCUCUGUGGAUGAGACACCCAAAAUCCAAAUUGUACCUAUACCCAUUCUGGGGUCUUUUCGCAGUUGCCAUGGUCGCACCUCUGCUUUACCUUCCAAAUGCAGUCAGAGGUAUUAAGCCCAAGAAGGAUUGA